GGUGCAAUUUUUGUUGAAUGGCAAACAGCAAAUAUGAGUACGUGAAAGAUUUUGAGAGUGAUGCCAAGAUUCUACCUCACACUUGGAUUGUCGUGAGAAUUGAUGGAUGCCAUUUUCAUCGCUUUUCUGCAGAUCACAUGUUUGAGAAGCCUAAUGAUGAGAAUGCUUUAAAGUUAAUGAAUUCAUGUGCAGUUGCAAUGCUACAACACUUUCCCGAUAUAGUAUUUGCUUAUGGAGUUAGUGAUGAGUAUAGCUUUGUCUGGAGGGAGACCACUCGAUUUUAUCAAAGACGGGAAUGCAAACUCCUUUCACUGAGUGUAUCAUAUUUCACCUCUGUGUAUGUAAUGAGGUGGAAAGAAUUCUUUCCCAAUAAAGAACUGAAGGAACCACCAUAUUUUGAUGGGCGAGUUGUUUGCUAUCCAAGAGUCAAGAUUGUAAGAGAUUACCUAGCGUGGAGGCAAGUAGACUGUCACAUUAACAACCAAUACAAUACUUGUUUUUGGAUGUUGGUUAAGUCAGGAAAAACAGAAAAGGAAGCACAUGAGCUUUUGAAGGGUACUCUGUCGAAAGAUAAAAAUGAGCUACUUUUUCAGCAGUUUGAUAUUAAUUAUGAUAAACUACCUGCAAUGUUUCGAAAAGGAUCAUGUAUAUUCCGAGAUGAGGUGGAGGAGACAGUGAAACUGGACGAGGGCGGCAAUCCCGUAAAAAGAACUCGAAUGAAGGUUACUGUGGAUCAUAUUGAUAUAAUAGGUCCCAAGUUUUGGAGCGAGCGACCUUAUAUUUUAAAAGAAGAUCUAAAAUGAGCUGGAAGAAUUAAGACCCCCAUUGGGUCAUUCUCGAUUUUAUAAAAUUCAUUGACAUUUACGUCGAAACUGUAACAGUUGAUCUACUAUUUUUAGAUAAAUUAUUUUCCUCUCUCAUUUCUUGAAAGAUUGUAGACUGUAAAUUGUAGAUGUACUAUUAAGAUAAUUUAGUGUUUUCCCUUUUUUUUUUGGGCAAAUAAAGAUUAUAACUUGAUUU